AUUCUAGUCUAUUACAAUUUUCAAAAGAAGACUUUUUUCCCCUAUAAUUUUUCCCCGUAGAUUUUCAAAAACCUUUCUUCAAUCUUUCCCCUCUGUCUCAAUUUUGGAUUUCAUCAAUCUUUCCCUCUUUUUUAAGAUCUAUUUUACUCACAACUUAUCAGUCACCACAGUCAUAUACCUGUGUGUGUGUGUGUGUUUUUUUUUUCUCUUGAAUUCUUGAAAUGACUAUCGCAGAAGCGUUAUCUGUGAUUCCAGCAGCUGUUUUGCGUAAUCUGUCGGAUAAGCUGUACGAGAAGCGCAAGAAUGCUGCUUUAGAGUUGGAAGGGAUUAUUAAGCAAUUGACAGGUGCAGGUGAUCAUGACAAGAUCACUGCUGUGAUCAAUUUGAUGACUCAGGAGUAUACUUACUCACCUCAGGCUCAUAACCGGAAAGGAGGAUUGAUAGGACUGGCUGCAGUAACUGUUGGUUUGACUUCAGAAGCAGCGCAGCACCUUGAGCAAAUUGUCCCACCAGUCUUGCACUCUUUUUCGCACCAAGACAGCAGAGUUCGUUAUUAUGCAUGUGAAGCUUUGUAUAACAUAGCGAAGGUUGUAAGGGGAGAUUUUAUCAUAUUCUUCAACCAGAUCUUUGAUGCUUUGUGUAAACUUUCGGCUGACUCAGAUCCCAACGUGCAAAGUGCUGCUCAUCUUCUAGAUAGACUUGUGAAGGAUAUUGUCACAGAGAGUGAGCAAUUCAGCAUUGAAGAAUUUAUUCCAUUGUUGAGAGAACGAAUGAAUGUCCUCAAUCCUCAUGUCCGCCAAUUUCUUGUUGGGUGGAUCACAGUCUUAGACAGUGUUCCGGAUAUUGAUAUGCUCGGUUUUCUUCCUGAUUUUCUUGAUGGAUUAUUUAAUAUGCUGAGUGAUUCUAGCCAUGAAAUACGGCAACAGGCUGAUUCUGCACUUUCAGAGUUUUUAGAAGAAAUUAAGAAUUCUCCAUCUGUAGAUUAUGGCCGCAUGGCUGAAAUACUAGUGCAAAGGGCAGGCUCGCAGGAUGAAUUUACUAGGCUGACUGCUAUCACUUGGAUAAAUGAGUUUGUGAAACUUGGUGGAGAUCAACUUGUCCCUUAUUAUGCUGACAUUCUGGGAGCAAUAUUGCCUUGUAUAUCUGAUAAAGAAGAAAAAAUUAGAGUUGUUUCUCGUGAAACAAAUGAAGAACUUCGUGGAAAUGAGGCUGAUCCAGCUGAAGGAUUUGAUGUAGGAGCAAUCCUCUCCGUUGCUAGGAGGCAGUUGUCUAGUGAAUGGGAAGCAACACGUAUUGAAGCAUUACAUUGGAUGUGGACCCUGCUGAAUAAACAUCGGUCAGAGGUCUUGGUUUUUCUGAAUGAUGUCUUUGACACUCUCCUAAAGGCGCUGUCAGAUUCCUCCGACGAGGUAGUGCUCUUGGUGCUUGAGGUGCACGCAUGCAUAGCCGAAGAUCCGCAACACUUCCGCCAGCUAGUUGUUUUCCUAGUUCACAGCUUUCAGCAUGAUCACUCGCUUCUGGAGAAACGUGGAGCUUUGAUAAUUCGACGGCUAUGUGUCCUUCUAAAUGCUGAAAGAGUUUACCGUGAACUGUCCACAAUACUUGAAGGGGAAUCAGAUUUGGACUUUGCAUCUGUGAUGGUUCAGGCCUUAAACUUGAUUUUGCUUACUUCAACUGAGUUGUCUGAUCUUCGGGAUCAUCUUAAAGGAUCACUUGUCAAUGAUGCCGGGAGAGACUUGUUUCUUUCUUUGUACGCAUCGUGGUGCCAUUCGCCAAUGGCAAUGAUAAGUCUCUGCCUAUUAGCUCAGGCAUAUCAGCAUGCAAGUUCUGUUAUUCAGUCUUUGGUUGAAGAAGACAUCAAUGUGAAGUUCUUAGUGCAGCUACACAAGUUGAUCCACCUUCUGGAGACUCCAACCUUUGCUUACCUUAGGCUGCAGCUUCUUGAACCUGGAAGAUACAUCUGGUUGUUAAAAGCAUUGUAUGGUUUACUGAUGCUGUUACCGCAGCAAAGUGCAGCCUUUAAGAUUCUCCGUACUCGGUUGAAAACUGUUCCUUCAUACUCCUUCAAGGAAGAGCGACCUGUACGAACAUCAUCCGGGAUUCCUUUUUUCAAUGGGGGAGGUGGAUCACAAAUUUCAGAGGAUUGCAAACCGAAUGAGAAUUCACAUGUUAUGCAUAAUGGAAUAAACUUUGGUUCGAGGCUGAAGCACUUUAAGCAAAUUCAGCAGCAGCAUCGUUUGCAUUCAAAGUCAGAAACUCACUCACGUUUUUGUUCGGCUUCAUCAAUGAAGGAGGAGGUAUAAAGACCAGAAGAAUCAAAGCAAUUUUGACGAUCAUCGUGUAGAGAUGCAGAGCAUUUGCAACUUUGAUUGUUUUCCGUGGCUCCUAAGAGAGGUUUCUUAUACAACAAUCUUGAUUUGCUUGCUUUUGAUUUUUUCGAAGCAAAUUCAAUCUUUGUUAAGUUGUAAAUUGUUAUAUACUUUUAGUUUGUUUUGUCAAAAUUCAUAAGGGUUGGGAUGUAAGGGGGGUAUAUUUUUAGCUUGGAUAUUUCCGAGCUACUUUAUAUUUAAAUCUUUUAGAUAAUAUUUAAAGGUAAAAUUUGUCCAUGUGGUUAUGUUAUUUUUGUUGAAUACCAUAUGGGCAAUGAGGUAGAUAUGUAGGAUAUAAAAAGGUUUAUUUUAUUCAUAAUUCUUCUGUAAUAAAUAAAGAUUCGGUUUGUGUAUUA